AUGGAAACAGCGCGCUGCAGGAGCGGCUGCGCCUCCUCCUUCCCCCCCCGGCCCUGCCCACCCCACCCUGCCCCGUUUCGCCGGAGCGCAGCGCGGCCGCGGGCGGCGCGGAGCCCCGCGGGGCCGCCCCGCGCCCUCCCCGCCCCGCGGCGCCGUCCCGCCCCCGGCGGCGGCGGGUCCCUGGCGGGGGGCCGGGCCGGGCCGGCGGCGCGGCAGGAGCAGGUGCGGCCGCCCCGCACCGCGGGGGCGGAGCGGGGGGCGGUGGCGCCGGCGCCGGGGCUGGGCCGGCAGGUGGAGGCUGCCGGGAGGCGGAGGGCGAGGAGCCGGGCGGGUUUGCCUGCCCGCCUCCGGAGGUGCGGCCAGCGGCACGGCGCGGGGAGCGGGCUGCCGCGGGAUGGCGCACGGCGGGCAGCGGCGGCGGUGGUGGUGGUGGUGUCCGCGUCCGCAGCCCGGGCCGCGGAGGGGCCGGCGGGGCCCCUUGCUGCAGAGCUAGAUGCGCGGGACGCGGGGCUGCGACGGGUCGGCGGGGAGGUGCUGGAGGCUGCCGCCGCCGCUGCUGCCGCGGCCAGGGGGGAGCCCUUAGCUGUGCGGGAAGCGGGGAAGCCGUGUCGGGAGCUGUUAUUUUCUUCUCCUCCUUCCUUUGCCUUCCCUCUUCUCCCUCCUCCCCCUCCUCACCAAAACCGGGAGAGGAGGCGUGUUCGGUGCCUUGCUGCACCGGUUUUGCUUGGUUUGUUGUUGCAGGGUUUCGUUCGCGGGGUGGUUGGGUUUUGUUGUUUUGUUUUUGCUUUUUUCCUCCUUUUUCAUCUCCCCCGCCUUCUCCCUUCCUCUCUUUUGGCUCAUUGCAUGCUCGGAUCCGGCUGGAUCCUUCCUUUUAUUUUCGGCUGUGCCUCUCGGAAGGGGGAGGGAGAGCUGGGAUGAGUGCAGCUUGACGCACAGGCGAGGGG